AUCACUUGCUUGUCAUUUCACAACAUCCGGAUGAUUUUGCCGACAGUUGUCAAGAGUUGUCUAGAUCAAAAGACACGAAAUUAAAAUGAAGUGUUGUCUUAAAAAUUGUGGAAAGGACAUAGAUAUACAAACUGAAUCUAGGAUAGAAGUGAAAACUGUUUUACCGUCUCGAUUUAGUGGUGAAAAUUUUCGAGUGUCAUGGAACGAAGAUGGCGAGGCAAAGUUUCACUCCGACUGUUGGCAACACCUGUUACAAAUGAGAACAACCGUUAAUAGAAAAGUCGGGGGGGAAAGAAGUCAAUCAAAUUCUGUAGACUUUAUAACAAAACAAGAGAAAGUCCUGAUCAGGGAGGCGAAAAAGACGGGAGAAUACUUUGAUUCUGUAGAACAAAUCAAACAUGAAGCCAGUCGAGUUGCAGGAAUGCUGAAGUCAGCUAAACACUGUGUGGCAUUCACAGGAGCUGGGAUAUCCACUGCUGCAGGUAUUGGAGACUACAGAGGCAAGAGUGGGAAGUGGACAGAAAUGGACCACAGCCAAGUCACCGACAAGAUAGAGCAAAUAUUUGAUAUUCAGGGGCCCACCCCAAGCAAAAGGCAUUGUCCAGAAAAAGAGUCUUCUGACAAAGGCAGUGAUGGAAGUCAUGAAGAAGAGAAAACCAACGAUACUGAGGGAGUUGAUUACGAGGAUUUAAGGCCCACCUUCACUCACGAAGCGUUGUGUUUCCUGAUUGACAUGAAAUUGAUGAAGCAUGUGAUCAGUCAGAAUGGAGAUGGUCUUCACGGUCUGUCAGGAAUUUCCCAGGAAAAUCUCUCGGAGCUCCAUGGAAAUGUAUUCCAUGAAAAGUGUGAGAAGUGUGGCCAUAGGUAUGAACGCUCCUUCUAUGUGAUGGACGAUGACAGUAGUCAGUACUUUGAGGAUUUAGAGGAUUUUGGGAAAUCGGAAGUAAAGAAACCAAGGCAUGCCAAGCAGUGUGAAACUUGUGGGUUAUCUCACAGAACAGGCAGAAAGUGUGAGCAGAAGGGCUGUAAAGGGUUCUUGAUAGACACCAUCAUUAACUUUAGGGAUAAUUUAGAGGAGGAGAUACUGUCCAGAGCGUACAGUCAGGCCUAUGAGUGUGACCUGAUGAUUUGUCUAGGCUCCACUCUCACGGUAACCCCUGCCAAUGAACUGGUGGAGGUUAUCAAAAAACCUUACUGCCUUGUCAUAUGUAACAGACAAAAGACGGAUUAUGAUGAAGACUGCCUCAGAAAAUCCCCGGGAAAUGACGAGAGUGUGGGCAGUCGUGUGUACGGAGACUGUGAUAUAUUCAUGCGGGAGGUGCUCAGGAAUAUUGUAGGGGAGGAAAAACUGAAGAGCUGGGAGAAGGAAAGACAAACUAGAAUGAUCAACUAUGACAAGCAUCGCCAACAGACUAAUUAAUGGAGAUAUUGUUGAAUUGUUAUUGCAUUGCAGAUAAAGGGGUAUAACUCUAAUUUGGAGGUUUCUGUAUUAAGGAGGUAUAGGUACUUCAUCAUCAUAAUGGAAAUUGACUUCAUUUUAAAAAAAAAUGAAUGAAAAUAUAAAUAUCAGCAAUAUAUUUGAAUCCAGCAGGGGUUGUAAAAAAAAAUUUCCAGAUAACUUUCAACAAAAACUGCAUUUUUUGACUAAAAAGUAAAUAUGAACUUUUUUCAAUUCCAAAAUAUUAUUGUACAUAUCCUCCAUUUUCAUCCAUAUGAAAUUUCUCUGCUGUGUGAUUAUUCAAUCCUCCUUAACAUGUAGUUCAUUAACAAAGUUCCUUUUACUAGAAUAAUACAGGUUAAAGAUGCUUCAACUUACAAGUACAUGCAUGUAUUUAUAAUGUAUGAGUCUAUUAACAGAAUAUCAAAAAGAUGUAAUCAUUGGAUUAAUAACUGUAAUACUCAGGGCUGAAGUCACUAGUAAUGCUAAUUAUCAGCACAGCCACAGGGUUUUGACACAAUAUGAGCAAAUUGGUAUAUAUAGUAUAAUAGUACUACAUGUAUAGACCGUAUAUACUCGCCUAUAAGUUGGUUUUUUGGGAGUCAAUUUUUGGUCCAAAACUCUAUGUCCGACUUAUAGGCGCGUCCUAAGAAGAUUGGUAUUUUUCUGGGCGGCGUAAUUUAGUGUUUUUAAACAACUCCGAUGAUUAUCAUGGACUACCACACAAAUGAUUAUUGUUCACAAAUAUUUAGACAUAUUAAUGUAUUGUUUAUGUAUUUUAAAAUCAUGUAUAAAGUACAAGUAUUUAUAUAUUUUUAUCUAGUUUAAAAUUAUUUACAUACCGGUAACUAAUACUUUCAAUUCAACUAAUCUAUCGUUUAUCGGUAAAAUUGAAUUAUGAACCCGAUUUAAUAUUGAAAUAUUCAUAUGUAUACCGGCUGAAAUAUAUUUCAUAAAAGAUCGAAUAUUGUUAACAGAUAAUUUAGAUCAUCAUUCUUGACUCUUAAAAAGUCGAUUGCUGAUACAAGGAAUUAUACCGGAAUCCCACAAUAACAGUUUUCG